CUAUUAUACGGGGUGUCGUAUAAAAACGAUCGCAAUUUUAUUGGAGGUCGCAAUCGAAAAGUACGAAAGCCGGCGUGCAUCGAAAGUCACACGCGCGCAUUAUGACUUCGGUACUUUUUGGUGCGAUUUUAGCUUUAGGGCUGCUCGGUUACUCGGAGGGGACCUUCGGUGGGAAAGAACAUGUUCAUAUAAAAAUUCACGUGCCGCAACCCUCACAUCACAAAGAAGUUAUCGUGCAUGACCACGGCGGAGGAGGAGGAGGAGGAGGCUUCGAUGACCAUCACGGAGGCGGCGGUGGUUAUGGAGGAGGUGGUGGCUUUGGAGGCGGAUUUGGAGGCGGCCACGAUGACCACCACGGAGGUGGAGGCUUUGGAGGCGGAGGCGGUUUUGGAGGUGGAGGAGGAUUUGGUGGUGGUCACGAUGACCACCACGGAGGCGGCGGAGGUUAUGGAGUCGGUGGUGGCUUUGGAGGCGGUUUCGGAGGCGGUCACGAUGACCACCACGGAGGCGGCGGGGGUUAUGGAGGAGGUGGUGGCUUUGGAGGCGGUCACGAUGACCACCAUGGAGGCGGCGGAGGUUAUGGAGGCGGUGGUGGCCUUGGAGGUGGAUUCGGAGGAGGCCACGAUGACCACCACGGAGGUGGAGGAUUUGGAGGCGGAGGUGGAUUUGGUGGUGGCUUUGAUGAUCACCAUGGCGGUGGUGGCGGCGGCGGUUAUGGAGGAGGCGGUGGAUACGGAGGAGGAGGUGGGUUCGGUGGCGGCCACGGUGCCGGAGGCAGCACGUCAUAUACGAUCGCGAUAAAACAACACGGUAAUGGAGGCGGUUAUGGCGGAGGUGGCGGUGGAGGAGGUGGUUGGCAAGGAGGCGGAGGCGGAUAUGGAAUAAGUGGCGGUGGAGGUGGUUGGCAAGGAGGCGGAGGUGUAUAUGGAGCAAGUGGCGGUGGAGGUGGUUGGCAAGGAGGCGGAGGCGGAUAUGGUGGUGGUGGCGGAGGAGGUCACGGUGGUGCCUUAAAGCUUGUACAUUUGUCCGGAGGAGAUCCAUUACCUAGCGGAGGUCAUGGUGGUGGCGGUGGAGGAGGUUUCGGUGAUCACCACGGGGGCGGCGGCGGUGGAGGCGGAUUCGGUGACCAUCACGGAAGCGGCGGAUACGGAGGCGGCGGCGGAGGAGGAUUCGGUGGAGGUGGUGGAUUUGAUGACCAUCAUGGUGGUGGAGGAGGAGGAGGAGGAGGAGGAGGUGGCUAUGGAGGAGGAGGAGGUUGGAACGGAGGCGGAGGCGGAGGAUGGGAUAAGAAAUAAAAUCCCCUCCCCGCAAAUCAGGUUGUCCAUCGCAGUAUUAGGUUAAAAACAAAUUAAUUACCAUAUGCAGAACAAGUUUGAAGCAUUUAAAUGACUGAACCUUAUUGUUAUACACAGACCUGAAAUUAUUUCUUUUUAUAUUGCUCAAGAGUCUUUGCACUUUUCUCUCUUAUUUCUUAGUAUUCUUUUAGUUUUCUUCUCUGUUCUUUUGGCCAUUUUUUCCACCUCUUUUUAUAUGUUUCUUCUCACUUCUUCUUGCAUACUUUUUUAUAUUAUUUUCCUCUUCUUUUCUUUAUUUCGUGGCCUCUUCCUAUUCUCAUUCAUGUGAUCAUUUCUCUGGUACCCCCCAUGUAAAUAGUUUAUUAUUAUGUUUGUACAUAUUAUUAUUUGAUUAUUAGUUAAUUAAACGUGUAUUAUUUAAUAAGUUGUAAUUAUUGUUUUUACAUAAAUAUAUUGAUUAUUUUUUAUA